UAUCUGGGUCCUGCGGUUUGAUGUAGUUCCUGCACAGUUUGGCACCGCCGCCCCCUAGCGGCGACGGCGCACAUUGCAUCUGCGCAUCCAGCGAGCUGCCUUCAUUGUCAUCGUAUGUGUUUAUGUAGCCGGAACAGGAGGCGAGAUGUGGUCCUUCUUCGCCCGGGAUCCCGUCAAAGAUUUUAAUUAUGAAAUUUUGCCGGAUACUCAAGAGCCGUCCGGCAUAUGGACUCUUCAUCGCGGGAAGCGGAAGACGACGGGCGAGCCCGUGUCGGUAUUCAUGUUUGAGGUGACGUCAGGGGCAGAGGAGCAGACCCAGCUGGCCAAGGCGGCGUUCAAACGCAUGAAGACCCUCAGGCACCCAAACAUCCUGGCCUAUGUGGAUGGGUUGGAGACGGAAAAAUGCCUGUACCUGGUCACGGAACCUGUGACCCCACUCAGCGCCCACCUGAAGGCCCAGGCUGAGCGGGGGGGAUCUGGGGAGCUGGGGGUGUCCUGGGGGCUCCACCAGAUAGUGAAAGCAUUGAGCUUCCUUGUGAAUGACUGCCAUCUGCUACACAACAAUCUGGGCAUGUGGGCUGUUUUCGUCGACCGAGCUGGCGAGUGGAAACUGGGGGGAUUGGAUCAUGUGACUCCCGAUCAGGGGGACGCCUCGCUGCCCCCCAGGAAGUCUAACCCCGAUAUGGAGAAGUACGACCCCCCAGAGGCACUGACCAGCAGCGGCAAGACUGGAGAAAAAUGGUCUGGGGACGUGUGGAGGCUGGGCUGCCUCAUCUGGGAGGUGUUCAAUGGGACCCUGCCCCGCGCCUCUUCCCUCCGUUCCCUGGGAAAGAUACCCAAGCCGCUAGUACCACACUACUGCGAGCUGGUGGGGGCCAAUCCCAAGGCCCGGCCCAAUCCGGCCCGCUUUCUGCAGAACUGUCGUGCCCCUGGCGGGUUUCUCAGCAACAGCUUUGUGGAGAGCAACCUCUUCCUGGAGGAGAUCCAGAUCAAAGAGCCAGCGGAGAAGCAGAAGUUCUUCCAGGACCUCAGUGAUCACCUGGACUCCUUCCCCGAAGAUUUCUGCCGCCACAAGGUUCUGCCUCAGCUGCUCACGGCCUUCGAGUUCGGCAACGCCGGUGCCGUGGUCCUGACCCCGCUCUUCAAGGUGGGCAAGUUCCUGAGCCACGAGGAGUACCAGCAGAAGAUCAUCCCGGUCAUCGUGAAGAUGUUCUCGUCCACCGAUCGCGCCAUGCGCAUACGGCUGCUGCAGCAGAUGGAGCAGUUCAUCCAGUACCUGAAUGAGGCGGCUGUGAACUCGCAGAUCUUCCCCCACGUGGUUCACGGCUUCACAGACACCAACCCCGCCAUCCGAGAGCAGACGGUGAAGUCCAUGCUGCUCCUGGCACCGAAGCUGAAUGAAAGCAACCUGAAUCAGGAGCUGAUGCGCCACUUCGCUCGGCUGCAGGCGCGAGACGACCAGGGUCCAAUCCGCUGCAACACCACUGUCUGUCUAGGCAAGAUCGCCCCCUACCUGAACGCUGGGACACGGCAGCGGGUGCUGGUCUCAGCCUUCUCCCGGGCCACCAAGGAUCCCUUCCCUGCCUCUCGGGCCGCCGGUGUGCUGGGAUUUGCCGCCACACACAACUACUACAGCGCGGCAGAGAGCGCUACCCGCGUGCUGCCUGCCCUCUGCACCCUCACCGUCGACCCAGACAAGAGCGUGCGGGACCAGGCAUUUAAGGCGAUCCGGAGUUUUCUGACGAAGCUGGAAACCUUGUCGGAAGAUCCCUCCAAGCUGGCUGAGAUAGAGAAAGAUGUCACGUCCUCUGGGCAGGCCGGGGGGGCGGCGGCUUCGGCAGCCAGCUGGGCGGGGUGGGCCGUCACCGGCGUCUCCUCUCUCACCUCCAAACUCAUUCGUACUGCCCCCGGUGGUACGGAGGGCGACAGCCCCAACAGUGUGCCUGUGGCCCCCGUCAGCUCAGGCACCCCCAGUACAGACAAAGCAGGAUCGGGACCAAAGACGGAUGGAUCAACUCCACAGGCACCCCCCUCUGCCCCCGCCAGCCACUGGAGCACCUCCAAGGAGGAGGAGGAGGAGGAGGAAGAAAAGGAGGUCACUGAAGACCGCUGGGAUGAUGAAGACUGGGGCAGUUUGGAGGACACCGAACACUCAAAAACACAGACAGACCCUGAUGACUGGAACUCCUCAGAUUGGUCAGCAGUCUCGUCUGUUCGAAAGAAGACCAAUGAGAAACGUGUGGGUGGAAGCUCCGCUGAAGCAGUCAAAAAGCAGAGUUCUGAUUGGAGCAGCGGUUGGGAUGCAGAUGACAGCUGGUCCAAUGAAAAAGACGCCGAUGGCCAGGGUCAGAGCUCGCCUGGCGACGAGGGCUGGGGCCAUGACUGGGAUGAAGAGGCCGACUCUGCUGACAGUUUAACCUCCGGCCAAAAGGAGGCGCCAGACUUUAGUAAAAAGAGCCGGCCCACAACCAGCGGCCCUGCAACCUUGCCUGAGGGCACCCGUCUGGCCAGCGAGUACAACUGGGACAAUACCAGUGCAAGGGGCUCACAAAAUGACUUUUUCUCUGGAAUUUCACAGAGAGCGCCCCCUACUGUCACGUCACAGAAAAACACAGAGGCGUGGGGUGCGGAUCCAGGGGCAGACUGGGGUACGGAGGAGAACUGGGAGUCACUGGACAGUGAACACGGCUUCAGCAAGGCGGAUUUGGCCAAGAAGAAGCGCGAGGAGAGGAGGAAGGAGCUGGAGGCCAAGCGGGCAGAGCGCAAGGCAGCUAAAGGGCCUCUGAAGUUGGGCGCCCGCAAGCUGGACUGACAGAUGUAGUUGGGAAGGAACAGGAGGGGAGUGGGCGAUGACCCAAGGCACAUGUGAAGGCUCAGCCGAAGCCUAGCUGUCUCCCAGUAAGGCUGACACAGCUCGGGGGGGGAGGGGGGGGAGACGUGAUUUCUGUUUUUCCCCAUUUGUCACAGACAGACAGGGUGGUGGGAAGAUUGUGUCCAAAUGAAAGAGACUCAGACAAUGACCUCACAGCAGACGGAUUUGAAAUCCCAAUACUUUUAUUAUUUCCAUUUUUUUUUAUACACAUACAAUAUUACUGUUGUAAAGUGUGUAGUAUAUACUCCUGCUUGUCGGUGAAUGGGGAUAAAAAGGCCAUGUGAAUACUAAGUGUAUAUUUGAGUCACUGUAUGUGGUGUGAGCAGAUUGCACUGCACUGCACUGCACUGCCCUGCCCAAUCGCUGCUGAGGGAGACGUUCAUCGCCAACUGCUCUCACAUUGCAUUACGUUUCACAGCCCUGGACUCGUGGAUAAACGCAUCACAACAGACAGGUUUUCUGUAUAUUGGCAAAGACUCUUUGGCUGGGUGGGUGACAUGAACAUGUAAACAGAAGCAGAUUAUCAGGGAAUGCGGAACAUUCUGGUGUUUACCCUGAUGUAGAGCAAACAUCAGAAAUCCACAUAAGGACUAGUCAGGCGAUGUGUGCCUCUGUGGGAUAGGGCUCUGUGCCUGUGAUCAGAUGGUCACCAGUUCAGAUCCCUGGGUCGGCAGAGUGAUGUCACCACUGGGCACCAGAGCAAGACUUUAACCCCCAACUGCCACAGGGACUGUC